GUGACGCGAGCUCACACCGGCGGCAGGCAGCUUCCAUUCUGUGUGCCGAGCAUGGAAGCACGCCCAGCUGAUUCCCACCGAAUCCAUCUCCAUGGACAGCACAAAGCACCACUUUAUAAAUGGGGUGGGCCGAUCAUCGUGCCACUUCCGUCCCCAAAAAACAUCUCCGUUUCUGCACUCAUCACCUAUUCACCUGCGCGUGCUCUUCCUGCUGCUGCUAGUCUGCUACUGGUCACCACGAUGUCGGGCCUGAUCGAUAUCUGGACGCUGGAGCGGGAGAGGAUGGUUCGGGCCGGGGGCGCGCCGGCGGUGUUCAGCUCCGUGGCCUCGCUCGGCGCGAGCGCGCGGCGAGCGUCGACGGCUCGGUCGGGAUGUGAUGGGCGGACCAGCGGCGCCCUUGAGUCCUGCUGCGGCGAUGGGGUUCGAGCGCCCGGUGGCGUCGCGGUCAUGGACGCUGCCGAGAAGCAGGCUGCUGCUGCUGCUGGCGGUAGCGCGCCGGCGCUCGUCCGGGAAGAUGCUUUUUUGUCCAUCCUAGUCGAUUGCUUCGGCCAGUAGUAGAUCUUUUGAAGAUAGGUACCAAAGCUGUAAUAAUAGAUAUAUAUAGUGGUUAUCAUCAAGUGGUUCUUGUGAUGCUCUGAAACAUCAAGUGAUGUUUGUGUGUUUCUGAAAGUCACCGACAUAAAGGCCUGAUCGAUGCCGCA